AUGAUCUUCAAACGUGCAUUGUCAACCCUUAUACCUCCUAAAGUUGUGUCAGUGAAACAUUUAACUGCUGCUCCCAAUGCUAAGAGAAUCAAUAAUGUUGUAGGCUUCUAUAAGCUACUUCCACAAGGACCAGCACCAAAGAUUAACAAUCUAUCAGGACCACUUGGAAGAUACAAAGCUAAGUACUAUGACGGGGAAAAUGCAUCAGGAAAGCCCCUUUUACAUCUAAUUGGUGCUAUCGUUGUUCUUGGUUAUUCUAUGGAAUACUAUUUCCAUUUGAGACAUCAUAAGAAUGGUGAGGGUGAACAUUGA